UUAGUUUGUACUUCACUGGUAAUCCAUGAACAGAUGGAUUUUACCAGGCGACGCCAAUCAGCAUCUGGCAGCCGUAAUAAUGUCUGUAGUGGAUAAAAUUAAGCAUUAUCAGCGAAAUAUUGAAAAAUGUGAUGAUAAUGAAGAUAGAAUACUUCAUUGUAUUUCAAAACUAUCUAAUCUGCCUGUAACGGUGCAGCAUCUUCAAGAAACUGGUGUAGGACGCACAGUAAAUGCUUUGAGGAAAUAUGAUGGUGGUAUAGGAGAUGCUGCUAAGGCACUUGUUGCAAAAUGGAAAGCAAUGGUUGCUAGCGAAGGAACUAGUGAAGGUGAAGAUGAAGAUGAAGCAUGUGUUCCUGAUGCACCUGAGAGCUACAGUGACAGUCGUGAGUCUCCAAAAGCUGAGGAAAGUCCCGAAAGGCAUAAAACUGAAGGAAGUGGAAAACAUAUUCAUAGGCAUAAGUCAGAAAAGAAUGAAACAUCAUGCAACAAUAAGUAUAAUUCCAAACACGAAUCCAAAUUGAAGUCUGUUGAAGAUCAGUCAAUAAGUAAUAGUGAUAUUGCUAAAAAUUCAAGUAGUGAUCUAGAAAAACAGAAGAAACAUGAUAAAACUAAACAUAGCCAUAAAAAUGAAUUGGGAGGCGAUAAAAAGUCUUCAAAGGAUACUAAAAGUGCCUGUAAGAAAGAUGAAACUCACAGUUCUAAACAUCGUAGUCAUAGCAAGUCUAAUAGCACAGAAAAACAUUCUAAUAGACCUAUGGAUAGUAGUAACUUACUCAAAAGUGGCGACGAGACUCAUAAACGCAAAAGUGAUGAUUCAAAUAUUAUAAACAAAGAAAGUAAACGAAGGAAAAUUGCAGAUAGUGACAGUGAUGAAAGUAAAUCUCAUGUGUAUCCUCAUGCAUCCUAUAAUUUUGAAAAGCAUAGUAGUAGUACCGUAUUAAAUUCAGUUAAAAUAAAAGAAGAGCCUAAGGAUAAAGACAUGUUAAUUAAAAGUGAAAUUAAACAUGAAAAGAAAGACUCUCAUGAGAAAUCAAAGAGCACCAGUAGCAAAUAUCGGACUGAUUCAUCCAGUUGUAAAUUGAAAGAGAGAUAUGAAAAACAGAAAUAUAAAACUGAUAUACAUACAAAUCAUAAUAAAGAUGAAACUAAACAUAGCGAUCAGCAUUCUAAUAAGGAUUCUUCCGAAUCAAAGCAUCACAGUUCCUCUUAUAAGAAACAUCAUAAUAAAAGCAAAAAUAGAUGUAAGAAAAAGGAGCAUAAGGAUGGGAAAGGUAAACAUGAGGAUAAAAGCAAUAAAGAUUCAAAGCAUUUAAAACAUGGAUCAAAAGAAUCGAAGGAUUUGGUAAAAAUGAAGCAAGAAAUUAAUGGAGACGAAGGAAUAGAUUGUCAUUCAGGUGCUAGUUUUGCAGAAGCAUUGGGUAUGUGUACAAUGGCUCAGACAUCUAGAAAACGUACUAACAACUCUCCAAAUACAAGUACAGCAAAAAUGUUCAAAGCAGAACAAUCAACUGCAAGUAAUAAAAAGAUAGCAGUGAGAAGUGAAUCAACAAGUGAUACUUUACAGACACCAUCUCUUUUAACAACAAAUAUGAAGUUAGAGCCAUUAAGCGUAGACUUGGCAUCUACAUUACCAGAGAUUAGCCCUAAUUACAAGCCACUGCCAUAUAUUAAUCCUGUUUAUCGCAAAGAAGAAGAUAAAGCACUUACGGAUGUAAUGUAUGUUAAAAAUCAAAGGACAAAAGUAUAUUCAGGAAAUAAAUCCGGUUACACAACAGUACCAACUUUGUUUGAGAUAUGUACAAGGGUAUUGAUAGAGAAUAUCGAUGCACUUGAAUUUACUGGUGGUGUGCCUUUUGAUAUCAUAAAACCUGUUCUUGAACGUGCAACAGCAGAUCAGUUAUUUAUGUUGGAACAUUAUAAUCCCUAUCUGGUUGAAGACACAGAUAAAUUAUGGCAAUAUCACUGCAAUCGCGAAUUUAGAAAUAAACAAAGAGAAGAAAUGGAAACAUGGCGUGAGAUGUAUAUGCGAUGUUUGGACGAACGAGAAGCAAAAUUGAAAACGCUUACAGCUAAUAUAAAACAAUCAAUAGACAAAUCUGUACCAGUAAGAUCUACUAAACUUGCAUAUGUAGAUAAUGUUGUUAAACCUCCAAGAAAUGUUCUUAAAAAGCAAGCUAAAUAUGGCACUGCAAAUUCUGUACCUAAUACUGCAUCUACUAUAAAAAAGAAAUUAAUUAGUGGUGGAGGACCAACAGCUGCUACAAAUAUUUCUGUUCCAUCACCACCUGUAUCACGUACAAAACCAUCAAAAAAAACAAAAGCACCACUAAUGGCAAAAGCUUUACAGUUAAUAAAGGGGCGAUAUAAACGGUAGUUCAUAAGAAAUGGAUUAACAUUCAACAAUUUAGAGAAACCCAGAAGAGGCUGCGUCGGAGAGAGCAGCUUCGCCAGGGGAUGCAGCUAGUUGGUCGCGAGCACCGCCACUUCCGGCAAGAAUGAACUUUCCGAAUGCUGAAUGCAACGUCGUUCUCUUCUGGAAAGCACUUUGACAGAGCCCCACGGGUACAUUACUAGGAUUGCCGCCACCAAUUGAACUCCCCCGACUCGCCGUUCAUGGUUCAGCCCGGGCCUCGGCUCCCUUAUGUCUGCAAACAGAGCCGCCCGAGGCGACACCGCCGUUCAGUCAAUCGCUCGAUUCAGAAACGAUGAAGCAACUUGCAGAUUCUCCAUUGUUGACGAUAUUUGACUUAGCGGCGCGUUGCGUUGGUUCGUUGGCUGGGCGCUGAUCUGCAUAAUAGCCAUUAAACCCGAAAGGAUUUGGACUCGCACGGCAACGCGAUGGGACAAGUUUUCGAGCCAGAGUCAAACAGCCUGAUUAAGUCUCCUCACGCGAAACUUCGGCACGCUCGUUGUUACUUAGCUACUAGGGAGAGAAAUUGAUUAGAUAUUCUGACGGAACGUUGGUCGAAACUUUCUUUGACGAAACGCGUGUUCUCUUCGGCUGAUCGUGAGUUGGCGACAACAGCCGGAUUCGCUGUUACAUCCGCCACUUCGGUUUGCUGGAGAAUAAUCGAUUUCCGAAAGUCUGUUUCUCUGGUCCUACUGCUCUUUCUCUUUUAUAUGGGGAAAUAUCUUUCUCCCUUUAUCGUGUGAUACGCGUAUGAACGAAAAAUCAUUGGCGGCGGAAAGAACGAACGAUCUCGUAUGAUACGAAUUGCCGACGAGUUCGUGUGAAAGAAAUUCUAUUAUACCGGAAGGAGCUGGAGGCCGAGGUUACGGUGAGAAGUUCUCGUCAGGUACCGCUUGCAGCCGAAUAUAUGGCCGAAAAGAGGUUACAGAUUGCGUAUUACCGAAAUCCACUUUUCGAGACGGCGAGCUCGAUUUCCGGUGGAAGGUGGUUGCUAACGCACAUGGUUGCUCAUAGUCUCGCUUUAUACGACCGAAAUUCCGACUAAGAUGCAAGAGGACACAGAGGGCAGCGAGAUGGAAGAAGCAAAGUAGCGGCGGAGAGGGCGGGCGGUACACAGGGGGAAGGGAGGAAUUCGUAAUAUAGAGGGCCGCUCUACGACCCCGUUGGGAGGAAUUCCGGGGUACGUUUUAAAUUGCUGCAUCCCCAACCUCCUUGUUUAUGUAUGCUACCGUGUUUCUUAUUCUUGUGCGGCAGCGAAGGAGAGAGCGCGCGCCGCCCUAACUUUAUGUGCACAGUGCCGGCAUAAGUAUGCAAUCUAUGCGUUGGUGUGACCGUAUCCCUGUCUGCGUGAUCGUACACGCGAAAACGCCAGGUCUAUGUAUUCCACGAAGGGAAAGGAUGUAUGAGUGAGCGGCGCGUACACGCGAUCGCGCACCCUUUACACCAGUUUCUAUGUGGCCGCGUGUAUGUGUGUGUAUUGUACGGUGAAACGUGGUCCUACGUUUCCUCGCACUCGCACCGUGCCGCUGCUACAGCCUCUCCCCACGAUCCGGCCGCCGUUUUCUCCCGUGAAUUCUUUUCGCCUUCCGAACCAGCUCCACGCUCUUUCCUUUCCUUCUUAUUCCCCAACUUCAGACCCGACUUCAGAGCUACCCCUCCUGCUAUCUACCGUUGAGUUGCGUCGGUUGCCUUUACCAUGUAUCUAUCUUUCUCUCUAUUUCUCUCUCUUUCUCUAUCGCCAACCCUCUUCCGUUCCAUUCCUACCUUCCGGCCUCAAUUGCUGUAAUCUAUGGCCUAUACUGGUGGAUUUAACCGUGGAAUUGAGCCACGGUGAUUUGUACGGUUUAUUAAUAUUGCAUCGGUGUCGGGGAUGGAACUUGGCCAUGGGUUUUCAUAGAUUUUCAACGACGACCGGAUGAUUAUAUGCACGUGAACGGAUUGGGAUAUCGAGUGGUCGCGAUGCACGGUUCCACCAUGUAAACCAAUUUUCUGACCGUGCAAUUGCGGACUCGUUUCGGCGAAUGUUCUUCUAUCCUGCAGCGUCGGUGAAAGCUACGGAAUAUUUAUAAGGUUUGAUAGAUGUACUUACAGCAAUUUAAAAAAAUUUUUUUCUAUCCUCUAAAAAAACACGUUAGAUACGUUAAAUUUUGGAGAAUCCGACGUUUACCAUUUAUACCGUAAACGAUUGUAUUUCGUUUGAUCGGGUUUUGCAAAAAUUGCGUUACUACGUUUUAUCGUAUACUUUCUUAUAAAUAUCAGUCGGAUCAUAAUCGUGAUUCGUAGCAAGUGGCGGAAAAACAAUAACCGAUAGAACGUAUCAAUCCAUAGCAUCGAGUAAAUAUUUAUCAGCGUUCUAUAGAUUGCACUCUCUUGGGUUUAGGCUCACUCGUUAUUUCGCUCGUGCUUCGUGUUAUAGGAAAUAGAUUAUUGUGCUGUGGUUUCAUUGGCAGGAAAUCGCGCUUGAAGUCAGUACGAACCUGACGUGCAUCACUAUGACAGUGAUAACGCAAUGAAUAUUGUCAUAAUCUUGUGAUAUCAGCUUUCUUCACUUUGCUGGAGUUUGACAGCAAACGAUCCUUCUUUGUACGGCUAAUUAGAGGUUGUAUUGAUGGAAAUAACAAAUUUAUAACCUAUCGAUGAUAUUACAGCAUAUUCUGCGUAAAGAAUAGAUACACACGUUUCCACGUUGAAUGCACUUUUUUUUAUUUUUUUACUUUUCCUCUAUAAAAUUCACAAAAAAUGGAACACAGAAUAGGGAAUGACACAAUGACAAAUACGAUUGUUUGAAACAUGUAUUUAUUCGUCGAGAAGAAAUCAUUUUAUGUGAACAAAUAUUUGAUAUUUAAUAGAAUCUCAGAUAACGUGUAUAGAACAUUCCCGUUUGCCAAAUUUACACUCCGUCAGAGUUAUUAGUACGGAAUUUUAAUGUAUAAUGUCGAUGUACUUACCCGUGUUCACAUGUACGCGUAACUAAUUCUAAUUUCUACACAUGCGUACAUUUUAUUUAUAAUGUUUACUGAAUGAACGACCAAAUAAGUCAAAAGAUUAUCAACAAAUUUUACCUGUUGUGACACUAUAUGAAAAACUAUUCAUUAUAAAAUAUUGAAAGACUGAUUUUGAAUAAAUUCGAAGGUAAAGCGCGUUAAAAUGUGUACGUGUAUGGAAAGUUUCAUCUUUAAAAACUAACUUUUAAAAUCCGAUUCUAACAGAGACAAAGUCUUCCGACGGACAAAUCUUAGGACUUUAAUAAGUUUUAAACUUAUGAACAGCUGCGACGAAACUUGGCAAGAAUAUCGGUCCAUUAAAGUGCUGCAUAAUGGUGCACUUUCACGGGUGAUUAUUUGUUCCUAAAGGAAUAUGUAUACCGGAGGUAAGAAGGUUAAAGAAGUUCUUUUUUCUAUUUUUCCUUUUGUAUAACUCGACGAAAAAUAUUCUGGAAAUACAAAAAUAUUCGUUUAUUUUGCUACGACCGUCCCUUAUUCUCUCGGAAAGUUUCUCUCAGAAACAUUACAAGCAAAGUAUUUUAAAAGGAUCAGAAGGAUAUAAAAGCGGAGGACAAAAAAUUAUUCAAUGAAUUUUUGAAUACGAUCAUUAAUGCUUGAUAAUUUAUGGUAUUUCGAGGAAAACCAAGACCAAAAUAGCUAGAGAUCGAAAAUAGAAACGAGAAGGAAAUGUGCAAACGCGUGUGAUACGAUGAGAAGAUACGUAGAGGAAGUACGAAAGAAAGAUAAUGUUCGAAUAAAACGAUUACGAUUGGAAAGUAAUUGUAAUAUUCUUAAUACGUUAUUUUCUUAAAUGUAAUUUCAUUAUUUUCUUUCUCAACGUGGUAUUUUCGUUUCUCAGAUAUUUAUUCGUACAUUAUCAAGAACGUUCGAUUAGUCGAUUCUUAUUUUUCAUUAAUAAAAUUUAAUAAAGAUAUUCUUACUUUAACGUACAUCUAUAAAGUACAAGUAUAAUCAUGAUCGAGCUAAUAAAAGAAUUGACUUAAUUAGGUCGUAUCUACUUUUCAAGAUAAAUCUAUCGAACGAGACAAAUCUAUCCAAUACGAUGCUAAUCAUUUUACAGACACUUUACAUCCUCCUUUUAUUGUACGUGGUAAAGAGUUGAGAUUUGCGCAGUGAAUGUAAUCUGCCGUUGACGAAAAUGGCGCGGAACUCUUUACUCGAGUUUUUUAUUCACGAGCAGGUGAAUGAACGACGCUUGAAUAAAUGAGAAAUCGAGUGAGCGAGAACGAGAGAGAAUGCCGUGCGGCGCGGCGCGGUGCGGCGCGGCGUGCGCGAAACAGCCGUGGGUGGAAAAAUGACAGUUGUGCGAGCUAUCGUGAAUCGUCAGGUUUAAAUCGAAAACGGAUGUACGUUGUCGUGGUAAUAGAACAUUGUAUGGAUUUUAUUUCAAAUUUUUUUCCUGGCUAACAUUCGGAUUUUAUCCUUUUUUACUGCCCGACAAAUCUGUCCUCGCCCAUACCACUUAACACGCCAGUUACGCUUGUUUUCUAUUUUUCAUUUUUCCAGCUUUGCCAACCUUUUUCCCAUUCCGAUUUCGUAAAAACUUUCAAACUCUGUGUCAUUUUCGGCACAUAAUAUUUUUAAUGUAUACGAAGGCUCAUGGAACUAUCUAUCUCGACUUGUCGCUCAUCGUUCGCGUAAAGAGCUUGUCUUAUGUAUCGCAUUUGUAUUGCACGUAUCGUAUAAAAUAUAUUGAAAUUUCAAUAGUAUCGCGAUCGUGUGUUUAGACCAAACGAGCAAGAAUAUAGAGCGCGAGAGCAGGAGAAUUUGCUGGUGCUGGUUUAUCGACAGCGACUAUCGAGAAAUCUGUUCGUGAACUCAUUUACAGCAAAACUGCUUCUUCGGGAUAAGAUGAACGCGAGCAAACGAUUCGCCGAAUAUUUGCCAACAGGCGAAAGAAUGCUCCUGUGUAAAUUAUUAUAUUUUUGUGAGCUACUGUAGAUGUAUCGAUACAUUUGCUGACUCUUUGAUCAAUCGCGCUGACGAGUAAUUGUAAUUGAUUAAAAAUAUGAUAGAAAUUAUCGCGUUAAGCGGCAAGGGAAGGAUUGGCGAUAAUCCGAUUGUUAGUUAGCAGUCAGGUUGCAUCGAUAGUCUCGAUUAGGGUGGUAAAUUCUAGUGAAAAUCAAGUAUGCGAACAUACUGGCAGGCAUUUCGUAUAUUGUGCGCAACCGGUACUUGUGCGUUCAUAUUUCCGUCAUACACUUAUUCCUUGAAAUAUUCAAGCACCGGCGAGCAUCAUGCAGAGAAUUUUGAAACAGCCCCAGUGUUUUUGUUAUAGGUACUUUUCUUUCUUUGGAAUUGCAUGCAUGAAUUCAUAAGGACUGCUACAGCAAUUUUAUGCCAGGCAACGCGAAUUCGGUGAUAUUAUCCCUAUUUUUACAAUUAAACUGUAACACGAAAAACAAUGAAAACAAAUUAUUACGCAAACAGAAUUAAUAAUGCCAUUGAGAAUGAUAUACAUCAAUGUUAGUACGUAAGUAAAGAAUAACACUAUGGAUCUAUUUAAUGAAAUACAAUUAAAAGAUUAUCAUGUAAUUGCAAUGUAUGUGUUGAUUGUCCAAACAAUGUACAUAAUGAAAUGUAAUAGAUAAUAUCUUAUAAUCGAAAAAUAUUUUACGUUGAAACUAAGCGCCGUUUUAACCGCUUAAUAAAAUUAAGCAAGUUGUUCGUUAUCUUUGAAACGUAAAAGAUGAUCGUUUCUAUGGUUAUUCUAUCUGUAUAAUGAAAUUACUUAUAAUCAAGCGGGGAAAAUAAAUGGAUCUUGCUCGGUUCGAAAUUAAUUAGUUAUUGGAGAAAAGCGGUAAAUUACAGAUCUAUUUUCGUACUAAAGCACGAUCUAAACUGGAUGCGACAUAGCUAAAAUUUUAUCUGAAGAGUUGGGCGCAAAAUAAUUCUCGUUUUCAUCAGUUAUUUAGUAUUUUUCACAUAUAAAUAGUAAGAAGCAAAAUAUACAUAGUAAAUCAUUCAUUUCUUUUAAUUUGGGAAGAGUGUAGUGAUUGAAAAAAUAUGAAGACUUAAUUAUUUAAAAUACCAGGCUUUUAU